AUGCAGACCAAGCCGUCCGCCGGUCCCCAUGCAAUGAACGAGAAUCGGAAGACCUGGACAUGGGCAAUCCUCGUGCUCUUCCUCCUGGCCAUUAUUGUGGUAGGGGCCACUUUAAUCGGGGUGUACAUGAACCAGAAGCACACCGAGGCGGUGGUAGAAAUGGCGUUCCAUGACAAGACUGGCGAGAAGGUCCAGCAGACGGUCAUGUUGAAUGAUGUGGAGAAGGUGGCGGCGUUUUAUGUGCAGACCAACAACGUGUCAUCCACCGUCCUUUAUGACUACAACCAUGGUCUCAUCGGCUUCAGACGUACGGGCGGAAAGAAUUGUUACAUCGUGAAGAUGGGGGAUAUCAAUGUGCCAACAAUGUCCGAUAUUCUGAAGAGCAUCAAACAAUUCCAGCAGCAGAACUCAACAAGGGACAGCGAUUUAUCAUAUGACCUCAUACCAGGAGGGGAGGCCGAUAGGACAAAACUGGGUGUCCCCAUCAACAUCCUGUGCAGUGACGUCCCCAUCACCUGGGCCACAAUUAACGACAACCCAAACCAGCGCUGGAAGUUCUCAAUCAAGUUCAACAUAUUUGGCAUUGACGUGACCAUAGCCUUCGAGUCUUGA